AAGAUGCUGACAAAUUCAGGGUUGCAGGGCAGGAAACCAGGGGAGAGGGCAUGGAAUGGAGUAUCAUAAUGGAGCCUGUUGCAUAGGAGCAGUCUACCAUGCAAUAUUUUGCUGCUGUCCCACUUGGGAUUCCCCUCCCCCCAAGGUCCUUUAGUUCCAAGUUCUCCUGUGGCUUUUCUCUGUUUCUGCAGCAUGUACGACACGAGUCCCCACGGCUACUACCUGGUCCAGGCCAUGCGGCUCGGGGUGGAGGAAAUCAACAACUCCAGCCGCCUCCUGCCCAACGUCACGCUGGGGUACGAGAUCUACGACACCUGCUCGCCAUCGUCCAACAUGUACGCCACGCUGAGCCUCCUCUCCCAGGGUGGCGGAGAGGGCUGCUGCGAUGCCCGGCAGCUGGUGGUGGCUGCCAACUACACCCACUCCCUGCCCAAGGUUGUGGGCGUCAUCGGGCCAGACACCAGCGAGAAUGCUUUCACGACAGCCAGUCUGCUGGGUGUCUUCUGCAUGCCAGAGGUCAGCUACGAAGCCUCCAGUAAGAUGCUCAGCAACAAGCGGAUCUUCCCAUCCUUCCUGCGCACCAUUCCCAGCGACCAGCUGCAGGUGGACGCCAUGGUGCGCCUACUGAAGGCUUUCGGGUGGACCUGGGUCGCGCUGGUGGGCAGCGACAACAACUACGGGCUCCAGGGCCUGCAGAUGCUGCACGAAGCGGCCCCCCAGGAGGGCAUCUGCUUCGCCUACCAGGGCGUCAUCCCCGCCAGCAGUGCAGGGGUGGCCCGCAUGGUCCUGGAGGUGGUGGCCUCUGCCGCCAACGUGGUGGCCGUCUUCGCCAACAAGCGCAACGCCCUCCUGUUCCUCCAGGAGGCCACCUGGCAGAACGUGACCGGGAAGGUGUGGCUGGGCACGGAGGACUGGUCCUUGGCCACGGAAAUCUGGGAGAUCCCCGGCGUUCAGGGCAUCGGCACGGUCCUCGGGUUAACCGUCCAUCAGGCACACCUCUCGGGGAUGAAGGCAUUCGAAGCAGCUUUUGCCGCAUCAGAGGAAGCGGGUGCCCACCCAGAGCACGGAGGCGACGCUGCCUCGUGUCGGAAUUGCAAGGAAAGGUGCGGCCAGCGAUUCUCCCGGUUCCGCAAGCUGCCCGACAGGCAGGAGCCAUCGCCCUACGACACACAAGGGGCAUUUAAUGUGUACUCGGCGGUGUAUGUCAUGGCGCAUGCCCUCCACCGUCUGCUGGGCUGCCAAACUGGUGUGUGCCAAAAGGGCACCGUCUAUCCGUGGCAGCUCCUGAAGGAAGUGAAGAGGGUGAACUUCAGCCUGAACCACAGGCAGAUUUAUUUUGAUGCCAAUGGGGACCCCUUGGUUGGCUACAACCUGGUCUUGUGGACAUGGGCUGGGCAGGAGUGGAACUACACUGUGGUGGGCUCCUUUGACAGGAACCCGGACCGCCUGAGCAUCCACAAGGACAGGCUCCUGUGGCACACAGAGGAUAACCAGGUCCCUGUCUCCGUUUGCUCCAAGGAAUGCGGCAUGGGGGAGCAAAAGGUGCAGCAGGGCAUGCACCACUGCUGUUUCCACUGCGUGGGCUGCUCUCCAGGAACCUUCCUGAACAGAAGCGAUCCGUACACGUGCCAGAAGUGCCAGAAGGACCAGUGGUCGCCUGGCAGAAGCGAAGCCUGCUUCGACCGCACUGUCGUCUUCCUGCUGUGGGACGACCCCAUCUCCGCGGCCCUGUUGGCAGCCAACACCCUCCUGCUGCUGCUCGUGGCCGCAACCGCGGGCAUCUUCACGCGGAACCGCCACACGCCCGUCGUGAAGUCGGCCGGCGGUUGGAUGUGCUUCGCCAUGUUGGGCUCCCUGGCCUGCGCCUGCCUCAGCCUCUACUGCUUCUUCGGGGCCCCAGGGCACUUUGCCUGCCUUCUGAGGUUGUCUGUGUACAACACCUGCCUCACCGGGUGCCUCUCGUGCAUGGCCGCGCGCUCGGUGCAGAUCGCCAUCGUCUUCAAGAUGGCGGCCAGGGCUCCAGGCCUGUAUGGGGCCUGGCGGAGGUACCACGGCUCCGGCCUGCUCAUAGGAGCCAUCACUGGGCUGCAAGGCACAAUGGUCCUCACCUCCCUCAGCAUCAGCCCAUCGGCCCCCUACAAGAACUAUGAGGCCUUUGAGGAGAUGAUUCUCCUGGAGUGCGGCCAGGGCAACACGGUGAUCCCCGUUUUCUGGACGAUCUUCAACAGCCUGCUGGGUGUGGCUUGCUUCACCAUCAGCUACAUGGGGAAGGACCUUCCUAACAGUUACAACGAAGCCAAGUGCAUCACGUUCAGCAACCUCAUCUACUUCGUCUCCUUCAUCACGUACACUACCGCCGCAAGCAUCUACAAGGGCAAGUACCUGCCGGCUAUCCACAUCGCCACCCUCCUCUCCACCCUCGCCGGGAUCUUUGGGGGCUACUUCACCCCCAAGGCCUACGUCAUCCUCUUCCACUCCCAUCUCAACACCAACCAACACUUCCAGAUGUCCAUUCAGAGCUAUACAAAGAGGGUGAAUGCAGCAGGCUGAGCAGCGAGGUCAGGCGGCCAAGGCGAGAUGGGCUUUGCCGUCUCGGUUUCACAUUUUUCCGGUCUUAUGUUCCAUUCUGUACAAUUCCACAGCCAUUUUUUCUUCUUCUUUUUACCAAAGGAAUUCUAGUGGAAUUUGCCUUCAUAUGGUACAAUUGUGUGCAAUUAACUUGCGCAAUUUGAAAGCCGGCUGGUUGAAAUCCCGCAGAUUAAGCACAGGGAAGGCGGAGAGCUUAAAAGCUCCUCUUGCACCAGGUUUUUCUUGAAGCAGAGAGUUUUUUAAAGCCUUGCUUACCAGGCUCUGGGAUGCUCUCAGGAGAUUGGCCCCACAGGAACAUCCCAGAGUUCUCUGCUUUGCUUGGAAGGUAAAGACAGUUGCAUGAGGGUGGCUUGGGCAUACAAUGGAACCUUGGUUCUUGUACAGCUUAGUUGAUGAACAAAGUGUUCCGGUUUCCAAACGUUUUUGGAAGCUGAACGUCCAAUGCGGCUGUCUGCUAUUGUUUCCAGGACACCCGUGCCAAUCGGAAGCCGUGCCUUGGUUUAGAACCUUUCGGGAGUUGAACGGAUUAUGUUAGAGAACCAAAGUUCCACUGUACGUGUUUUUGCACAUGCAAACUAUCCCCAGAAUGUAACCCUGGCAUGACGACGCAAAAGACUACAAAUUCUAUGAUUCUGUUCUACAAUUCAUACCGUGUACACUUCUUUGUAUGCAAUUUUGCUAAGAUACAUAUUUUCCUGCAAAAUGAUUUCCCUAAUAUAAUGCAUUUUGCAAGUUAUUUUCAUUGAUAUACGCACUUAUAUGCAUUUUUGAACACACUGCUUGGCUGGAGAACUGCAUUGCAAGAUUUGGAGGAGUGGGAACAUCCGAGGCCAGCUGGGUUUCAGUUUCUGUAUCGUUUCAUAAAGUACAGAUCCGAUUAGUGUGAACUGAAUCAAGUUUCUCCCCCAUCCCUUGAUGGGAGUAAGGCCAGAGAAACCUAAUCCACACACAGAGAA